AUGUAUUUCCUGACUCCCAUCUUGGUAGCCAUUCUCUGCAUUUUGGUUGUGUGGAUCUUUAAAAAUGCUGACAGAAGCAUGGAGAAAAAGAAGGGGGAGCCUAGAACCAGGGCCGAGGCUCGCCCCUGGGUGGAUGAAGACUUAAAAGACAGCAGUGACCUGCACCAAGCAGAAGAAGAUGCUGAUGAAUGGCAAAAAUCAGAAGAAAAUGUUGAACACAUCCCCUUCUCUCAUACCCACUAUCCUGAGAAGGAAAUGGUUAAGAGGUCUCAGGAAUUUUAUGAACUUCUCAAUAAGAGACGGUCAGUCAGGUUCAUAAGUAAUGAGCAGGUCCCAAUGGAAGUCAUUGAUAAUGUCAUCAGAACGGCAGGAACAGCCCCAAGUGGGGCCCACACAGAGCCCUGGACCUUCGUGGUUGUGAAGGACCCAGACGUGAAGCACAAGAUUCGAAAGAUCAUUGAGGAGGAAGAGGAGAUCAACUACAUGAAAAGGAUGGGACAUCGCUGGGUCACAGACCUCAAGAAACUGAGAACCAAUUGGAUUAAAGAAUACUUGGAUACUGCCCCUAUUUUGAUUCUCAUUUUCAAACAAGUACAUGGUUUUGCUGCAAAUGGCAAGAAAAAAGUCCACUACUACAAUGAGAUCAGUGUUUCCAUCGCUUGUGGCAUCCUGCUAGCUGCCCUGCAGAAUGCAGGUCUGGUGACGGUCACUACCACUCCUCUCAACUGUGGCCCUCGACUGAGGGUGCUCCUGGGCCGCCCCGCACAUGAAAAGCUGCUGAUGCUGCUCCCCGUGGGUUACCCCAGCAAGGAGGCCACGGUGCCUGACCUCAAGCGCAAACCUCUGGACCAGAUCAUGGUGAUGGUGUAGGCAGGGCCC